AUGGCUUCCAAGCGCAUCUUGAAGGAGCUCAAGAACUUGCAGAAGGAUCCACCUACGUCCUCCAGCGCAGGUCCGGUUGCUGAAGACAUGUUUCAUUGGAAAGCAACUAUUAUGGGUCCGGCGGAUAGUCCGUAUGCUGGAGAAGUUGAGUUUUUUUUCGUUGAACAAGACGCUGCGUCAGUUUCUGUUCCCGAUGUUAAUGGCUAUUAUGCUCUUCAAUGGGUUUCUCUCAAUAACUUCCAUGAAAUUACUCACUAUCUCAUUCAGCACGGUGGUGAUGUCAAUGCUAAAGACAACAUGCAACAAACUGCUUUACAUUGGGCAGCAGUUCGUGGUUCAGUUGCAGCUGCUGAUGUGCUCUUGGAGAAUGGUGCUCGGGUUGGAGCUGCUGAUAUCAAUGGAUACUGGGCAGUUCAUGUUGCUGCACAGUAUGGACAAACAGCUUUCUUAAAUCACGUUGUUGUAAAAUACCAUGCUGAUUUUGAUGUGCCCGAUAAUGAUGGAAGGAGCCCUCUACAUUGGGCUGCAUAUAAGGGAUAUGCUGAUACAAUAAGAUUUCUUCUAUUUAGAGAUGCGAGUCAAGGAAGACAAGAUAAAGAUGGUUGUACCCCGUUGCAUUGGGCAGCAUUGAGGGGACAUUCAGAGGCGUGUGCUGUGCUUGUGCAUGCUGGAACAAAGGAAGAAUUGAUGGUGAAGGACAAUGUUGGAUUCACUCCUAUACAACUUGCAUAUGAUAAAGGACACAACUACACCAACAACACCAACAGCUACGCCGUGCCUUUUGAAGAAGAUGAAAAAGAUCCUAGCAUUUGGUUUCUCGAUCAUAAUUAUCAUGAAUCAAUGUUCUCCAUGUUUAAGAGAAUCAAUGCUAAGGAGCAUGUUGUAGGGUGGUAUAGUACUGGAACGAAGUUGAAAGAAAAUGAUCUUGACAUUCAUGGUUUAUUCAAUGACUAUGUUCCAAAUCCUGUUUUGGUUAUAAUUGAUGUCGAACCUAAGGAGCUGGGAAUUCCUACUAAAGCUUACUAUGCUGUUGAAGAGGUCAAAGAGAAUGCCACUCAGGUUAGUUUUAAUUAG